CCUGGAAGGGGCAGAGGCGGGCCCGGGGGCGGUGCAGCCGCCACCUCCCCUUCUCCCCUCCGCGUUGGCGGCGGCGGCGGCGGCGGCGGCGACGGAGGAACCCGACACACACCGGCCCCGCUCCCGCUCCCGCUCCCGCCGCAGCCGAAGCCGAAGCUGCAGCCGGCGCCAGGCUGGGGCCAUGGGCGCCCCGCGCCGCCCGGGUCAUGAGAACGGAGGCGGAGGCGGCGGGGCCGUCGCUGGAGCCCGGGGACUUUGUGCAGCUGCCCGUGCCCAUCAUCCAGCAGCUCUACCACUGGGACUGCGGCCUGGCCUGCUCCAGGAUGGUGCUGCGGUACCUGGGCCAGCUGGACGACAGUGAGUUCGAGUGCGCCCUGCAGGAGCUGCGGCUGACCCGCAGCAUCUGGACCAUCGACCUGGCCUACCUGAUGCGCCGCUUCGGCGUGCGGCACCGCUUCUGCACGCAGACGCUGGGCGUGGACAAGGGCUACAGGAACCAGUCCUUCUACAGGAAGCACUUUGACACGGAGGAGACGCGGGUCAACCAGCUGUUCGCACAGGCCCAGGCCUGCAAGGUGCUGGUGGAGAAACGCACGGUGAGCGUGCAGGACAUCCAGGCGCACCUGGCGCAGGGCCACGUGGCCAUCGUGCUGGUGAACUCGGGGGUGCUGCACUGCGAGCUGUGCUCCAGCCCCGUCAAGUACUGCUGCUUCGCCCCCCGCGGCCACCGCUGCUUCUGCCGCGCGCCCGGCUACCAGGGCCACUUCAUCGUGCUGCGCGGCUACAGCCGGGCCACCGGCUCCAUCUUCUACAACAACCCGGCCUACGCCGACCGGAUGUGCAGCACCAGCAUCGGCAACUUCGAGGAGGCCAGGACCAGCUACGGCACUGACGAGGACAUUCUCUUCGUGUACGCGGACAGCUGACCCCACCCAGGAGGCCUCCCGGCCCGGCCGCUGGGGCCGCAGCCCAUGUGACAAAGCCCCAGGGGAUUCUGGGAGGUCACAGCACACCUGAUCACCUGACUCAUGCAUCAGUGGUGAGUGCCAUCGUGCCACUCACCCCGCACACCGCUGGGUGCUGGAGACACCCCCAGAGCUGAGCGGAGCCCCCCAGCACCCCAGCCUGACUUGGACUGCCCAGGGCACCCAGCUCCGAGGGUGUCCUUGCUGCCUGCAAGCCGACCCGGGCCGGGCGAGCAGCCUGGGCCCGCCUCCGAGAGAGAGAGAGAGAGAGAGAGAGAGAGAGAGAGAGAGAGAGAGAGAGAGGGAGAGAGAGAGAGAGAGAGAGGGAGAGAGAGAGAGAGAGAGAGGGAGAGGGAGAGAGAGAGAGAGAGAGAGAGAUCGCUUGUCAGGACAGCAUGUGUGUGUGGAGCUGGCAGCUGCCCUGCCCUUCUCCCUGGGGGGCUGUGGAGCCCCAGACCCAUGGCUGGUGGCGCCUGGGAGGCUGGGCCUUGGGCAGAAAGGACUGCGCCCCAGCCCUGCAGGUGCCGAGCUCUGUGGGAGGGCGGGCCUGGCUCGCGGGCCCACAGUGCAGUGUGCUCAGCUCCUGCCGCUGGCCUGCUCCCCACAGCGGGCCGUCCUCUGAGAACGGGGAGCCCCACGUCUCGCAGGCUGGGUGCUGGGCUCCCCGCUCUGGUUCACGCCACGGCCUUUGGCACAGAAAGCUGGCUCUCCUGCCUGGGAGAGAAGCGUGCCCGCCAGGUCACACGGCGCAGGUGGCGCGGGCAGAACUGUGGCCUUUCUUUGGGGGAGGGGGCGGGGUCUUUGAGAUUUACGUUUUCACUUCCGGGGUGAGACUCCCCUCGGGAUGCUCACCGUGAGACUGCAGGUACUAGGAACACGGACACCUCUCCCUGGGCAGACGCCCGGUCAGCUCCGUCCCUCGAGAGGAACCCCGCUCUGUGCAGGCCCCUCGCCUGCAGGCAGAACCCGCCUGGUCUGGGAGCGUUUGCCCGGACACUGCGGUGAGCUGGGUUUGAACCCAGUCUGCACCUGAGAAAUAAGGGAAGAGGAUCCUGCCCACAGAGGCUGGGGCACACCCAUCCCGAGGGGCUGCCUCUG